UCUUCCAGCCAAUGAACUCUCUUCCUCCGAUAUCCAUAAAUUUAGAAAAAUCCGUUAAAACCCCCAUAGGCCAUACGAAAUAGCGAUUUUUGAUAUUUCAUUUAAAAAAUUUCAAUUUCCGUUCUAGCUUUCACCGCCUUCCAAGUGGCUACAACUCUUCUCCACUCAAGUCUCAACUGACGUUCUCUCUAUCUCUCUCAAAGAGAUUUGACAGAGUGCUCCAGGCAGCUUCUGGAGAAAAAAAUAUUAUUUCAUUCAGAUAUAAGUAGCACUUGUAUAACCUGACAAUUAAAUCACAUGGUUCAAGCUCAGGAAUCUUCAUAGAGUGUGAUGGUAAUGCACAUAAUUGAUAAGAAGCCCUAUAAUGGCUACAGCUGCAGUUAUUGGGUUAAGUGCAGGGAAGAGGCUUUUGAAUUCCACCUUUUAUUACUCUGAUGUUACAGACAGACUUCUUUCUGUCUAUGAUCAUGGAUUAGCACAAUAUCAGGCAACUUCAGCCAAGAAUGUGAUAAUUGCAAGGAAAUCUUCUAAUUUUGGUGACAGCUUUCCAUCUAACCAACACAUACAGUCUAUUAGGGCUCUUAAAGAACACGUGAAUACUUUGUCUACUCCAUCAACUGCAGAUGUGUGGCUACAGAGUUCUGGCCUUUUAGAGGAGGAAAACACAGAUCUUGACUAUUCUGUAGACGCUCUCCUCUUGUUGCAGAAGUUUUUGCUGGAGAAGCAGUGGAACCUUUCCUUUGAGCAAACUAUAACUGAUGGUGCACCAGGAGAAGAAACCCACAAGAAGAUACAGGUCACUCGCUCAGGUGUAUCUGCUCGACAACGGAGAACAAGUACAAGGAGGACAUGUCUGAGCCCAAAACAUUCUAUAAUGCAACCAACUAAAAGAAAGCAGCUUGGUUCAAUGGUCAGUCCAGAGCUGCUGAAGAGCCACUAUGGCUAUGUGAAGGGUGUUAUAAGUGAAGAAUUGCUGACCCAUGCUGAAGUUGUGCAGUUGUCAAAAAAAAUCAAAGCAGGUCUUUCCUUAGAGGAACACAAACUAAGAUUGAAGGAAAGAUUGGGAUGUGAUCCCUCUGAUGAGCAGCUUGCUUCGUCCUUGAGGAUAUCUCGUGCUGAAUUGCAAUCGAAAGUCAUAGAGUGUUCCUUGGCAAGAGAAAAGCUGACAAUGAGCAAUGUUCGUUUGGUCAUGUCUAUUGCUCAAAAGUAUGACAAUAUGGGGGCUGAAAUGGCUGACCUUGUUCAGGGUGGUUUGAUUGGAUUACUCCGUGGGAUUGAGAAAUUUGAUUCUUCCAAGGGAUUCAAAAUUUCAACUUAUGUAUAUUGGUGGAUACGGCAGGGUGUUUCAAGAGCAUUGGUUGAAAACUCCAGAACUCUAAGAUUGCCAACACAUUUGCAUGAAAGGUUAUGCUUAAUUAGGAAUGCAAAAAUUAGGUUGGCAGAAAAAGGCAUUACUCCUUCAAUAGAUAGAAUUGCUGAAUGCCUGAAUAUGUCUGAGAAGAAAGUUAGAAAUGCUACAGAGGCAGUCAAUAAGGUCUUUUCACUUGAUAGAGAGGCCUUUCCUUCUCUAAAUGGUCUUCCGAGGGAAACCCUUCAUAGUUAUAUUGCAGACAAUCGUCUUGAGAACAACCCCUGGCAUGGAGUGGAUGAAUGGUCACUUAAGGAUGAAGUUAACAAUCUCCUAAGUACAACACUUGAGGAAAGGGAGAGAGAUAUAAUACGCCUCUAUUACGGUCUUGAUAAAGAAUGCCUCACAUGGGAGGAUAUAAGUAGACGGAUUGGUUUAUCGAGAGAAAGAGUUAGGCAAGUUGGCCUUGUUGCCUUAGAGAAACUAAAACACGCUGCGCGAAAGAAAAGGCUUGAUACCAUGUUGGUGAAACAUUGAUUUGUUACUUACCAUUAUAGGCUUCACAAGAUGAUUUUGUACGUGUAUAUAUAACAUCGUAUCCCUAAUUUAUUUUUAUCACCUGGAAUAAAAUAUAGAAGAAAAUAUGUGCACGUAUGGGAAUUAAGGCCCAGAAUUUCCUGUAAUAUGAAAUGAACCCUUGACUUGAGAGUUUAUAAGAUGGAAUGAAAUUCUUUAUGUACCAUAUUAGGUGAA